AUGGAUCUGAAAACGUGGAAAAAUGAUCUAAAACGGUUAUUGGACAAUUUGGAGGCCAAUAAUUGUCGGGAGCAGGAUGAGCAGAACGCGGUUGACUCGCUCAAGCGUUUGUACACCCAAUUGGGUGGACAUUUGCUCGAUGGGGUCGGGCUGAUUCCGUUUCUGAUCCGGUUCCUUUGUUACGACGAUGUGGAAUCGUACGCGUUGGCGAUCUUAAUCCUGCUUAAAUCGGUUCAAAGCCCUGAUUACGACAAGACGUUUGCCGACGCGCUAGAAGAUUUGAUGGAAAUCGACUCGAAACCUCAUUUGUUAAAGAUACUGGCCCAUUCGUUCACCAUCGCCCCCACCAUUUGUCAUCAACUGUUUCUUCAAAACAAGACUCUCAUCGGAUACAUUACCGCCGACAUCACAGACAUUAUCAAUGGAUCCGCGCAGGACUCGAAGUAUCUCGAUCUGCUGAACCUCUUCUCGGCUGCUUGUAUCGACGAGCUUUGCCGUGCUCCAAUUGCAGAUCAGUACAUGGUGGCACUGAUUCGGGCGUUGGAGAGACCAAACUUGCGAGUCAGCUCAACUGCUGCUCUUGUGGUCCUGAAGGUAUGGAAUAACGUCAAGAAAGAAACGUUCAACGACCAUAAAACUUUGUCGCUAUCAGAUCUCGAAACAGUACUCACCAAAGCUUUGGAUGAGAAUAUCGCCAAUGGAAUCGAAGGUCUCGCGUUUUUGUCGCUGAACUAUCGCUCAAUGAGAGAUAACCACCAGUUGAUUAGCAAGCUAAUGACACAUCUGGAGUCUGAUCCGUACGGUGUAGUCAGUGUGCUUGCUAAUUUAACCAAUAUCCCUAAGAAAGACCAGGUGAGCCAACUUAAAAAUAUGCACAAAAAGCCAGACGAUGAAGCGCAGUUGGUGCGGUUCAUCGAGUAUCUUGUGGAUUCGCAAAAGAUUGGCAAGAUCACCGGUCUUAAAUCUGUUUCCACCAGAGUCCAGGAGAAAGUGAUUGAGCUGAUUUAUAAUAUCUCUACAGUCAAGCAGGCCAGACCCAAGCUUGCUCAGCAGGGUGGCUAUCACACGGUGAUUACUUUUCUGGUUAACAGCUCACAGAAUAUCGAUUACAAAGACAAACUACACAUCAAGAAACCGAUUGACAACCCGGCUCUAAGACUGAUGGCCAUCAACACGUUGGCCAACAUUCUAGUGAGCAGUAACCCAAACGCUUUGUUCACAAAAUCCGAAAUUGUCACGCCUGUUCCUUUCUUGUUGGAGCCGGUGAUACAAUACGACAUUGAACUGAACGGAACAAAAACAGAAAGCCCAUUAUCUCAAGUUGAAAUUGAUCCUCCUGAAUUGUUUAAUGCACUGAUCGCGCUGAUAAACAUUUCAUCUGUCGAUGGAAUGGAUGUAAAGUUGCUCACAGUUAAAUUAGGAUGGCCAGCCAUCGGGAACCUGAUGCUCUCCGCUAACGUCCAAAUAAGACGCUCUGUGUUGGAGCUGCUUGCAAAUCUCAUAAUGACGCCGCUAUGUAUGGAGAAAUUCUUCAAUUGGAGCUCUGAGAAGGAUGAAAACUUCAAGAAUUUUCAGACUCUUAUUCGUCUGAUGGAUUUGGAAGACGGACAAUCACAACUAGCCGUGCUAAAUAUCUUGGCCAAUUCCAGCGACUUCGAUUUGAUUGCAACCAUGCUUUCCACAUCCAACUUGUUUAUUGACCAUCUGUUUGAACUGAUAGCCAAUACGGAUGAUUCUGAUAAGCUGCUCCGUGGAUUCUACAUUCUUCAAAACCUCGCCAAUCUCCCAGACCACCAACUUGUCGCGGAGGCAGCCACGAAAUACAAACUGAAAGCCGUCGUUGCCAACAUCUUCCGCACCGUUGGCGAUCUGGAAGUGCGCCACAUGGCCAUCGACUCGUUGAAAAAAUUGCAACCCUAA